AUGCCAAAAAAAGGGAAAAAGAAUGCGACGAAGAACAACGUCAAGGAUGUGGAUAUUGAUGCUUUAGUGGCUGCAAUUGAGGGCACUUCCGUACCGUCGAAAAACUCGAAGGAGGGAAUGACUCGGAAGCAGGCCAUGGCCCUGGAGGAGAAGCAAAUGGAGGAAGUGCUUACGAAACCCGUGGCUGCAGCUCAACCGCUUGUCGAUGAGCAUCGUCUACGGAUGUCGCUCCUAGCGGAGCGGCUGAUGCACGAGAAGGCAAUACGUGAUGCCGAGGUGGCAAAAGCCCUCGUGCCAUUGAAAGAGGAGGAGAAGGCCUGGCAAAAGGUUUCAGACAACAAGUAUAUUCGCUAUGAACAAUUCGAUGGUGACGAAGAGGUGAUGAAUUUUAUCGUACAACUGUUCACAAAGGAGUUGACAGAGCCUUACAGCAGCUUCACAUAUGAGUAUUUUAUUUUCGGAUGGCCUGAUUUAACAAUUGUUGCAUACGGUUACGACGGUGAGGACGUGCCUGACGCGUCCGUGAAAGGCAAACGUGUAGGGGCUGUAGUUUCUCGUGUGUCGCGCAAGCACAUUGACAGUCCGCUGCGCGGCUACGUAGCUAUGUUCGCCGUUAUCCCCGAGUUCCGUGGUUUCCGGCUUGGGAGCCGGCUGGUUACGCUCACUAUUGAGCUCAUGAGGGAAAAGGGGUGUGAUGAAGUUUACCUGGAAACUCCGACAAACAACGAACGUGCUCUUUCAUUGUACUUGAAUUUGGGAUUCGCAAAGUCUAAAUUUCUGCCGCGCUACUACCUUGAUCAUUCCGACGCCGUCCGUUUGAAGUUGUGGUUGAAGGAUCCCCCGUUCUGUACUCCUGUGCAACCCGCUACUCCGGCUGUAGCUGUGGCUGCCGCUGCUUCUCCUUCUACCUCUACUUCUCCUAUCUGA